AUGCGCCCAGCGCCAUCAUUGCCCAAUAUCAUUUCGUAUCCACGUCCUGGCGCAGGAGCAACAGAUUUAAGGAAACCGCAGGAGUCGCAUGCAUUGCAGAACAAUACAACCCCAUCGGCACCAUGGAGGACAGUGCAGGAGAAAGGAAGCAGGUUAGACUACGAGGACUUGAAAGCAGGCAUGGAGAAGAUAUACAUGGAGGAAAUGCUGGACUGGAUUCGACCGAAUUGGGAAGGUCAUUGGCCGCCGUUCUCAGACUAUGUCGAUCAAGAAUAUGAUCCUAACAGGUGGGAGGAUGACCACCGAUUCUACACCGCCGGCCACCACAGACUCAGCGCCAAAACCGCCUCCAACCCUGUCCCCUACAGCCCCUUUCCAGACUACAAUUCCCCCUCCUAUCAACGCACCUGGCACGGCUCCUACGUCUCCUGCGACGGCCCACGCGGCGUGCCUCUCAACACCAGUGCAGACGAUCAAGUCCAAGUCUAUCUCGGCGUGCCCUGUUCCUUCCCCAAAGUCUUCGCCGGCGGCUACGACGUCGUCGGGCUCAACGGUUCCGUGUGCUUCGACCGGUAUUCGCGGUACGGGCCAUACGGCUUCGGAGACGAGGAGUUCCCCGACGAUGUGCUACACUGGAAGGCACCUCAGACGGUGCCGGAGUGGGAGAACGUACCAUGGGGUCCGCUGCAGGAUGAUUGUCUUGCGCGGAAUAUGGAGAGGUAUAGGCCUAGUGCGAGGGCUCCGACGGUAAAGAGUACAAAUAAAGCUGUGCCGGAUAGGGCGGCUGCGGACGCGGCUUUUAAGAUGCACACGGACACCGCGAGUGCUGGAGAAGACGUGGGUGAGGAGGGGAAAAGGUAUCAUGCGAGGACUGCGGUGCUGAUAAGAGCUUGGACGGGCUACACGUUUGAGCAGAACGACAUUACAGCGAUUCGCGCGAUGAUCUCGGAGCUGAGUCUGUCGUCUGGCGGAGAGUACGAGAUCUUUCUCCUAAUGCACGUUAAGGAACCGACUCUGGAUAUCUUCGGCAACGCGACGCUUUACCAUGAGGUCUUGAUGCAGAAUGUGCCGCAGGAAUUGCAGUCUAUUGCGCUGCUCUGGAACGAGGCGAUUUUCCCAAGCUGGUAUCCAAAGGUUGGAGAUUGGCAGGUUUACUGGCACCAGUUCAUGUGCUUGCAAUGGUUCUCCCUUAUGCACCCGCAGUUCGACUACGUGUGGAACUGGGAGACAGACGCGCGAUACACCGGACACCACUACCACUUUUUCGAAACCAUCAGCCAGUUCGCCGCAAAGCAGCCUCGGAAGCUCCUCUGGGAACGAAACAAACGCUACUAUCUACCCUCCGUCCAUGGCUCGUAUGCCUCCUUCGUCGAAGACACACACAGCUCCGUCCUCAACGCCUCAACGCACUCUCUCAUCCCCUCGCCCGUCUGGGGUCCCUGUCCCUGGCCGCACGCCAUCCCUCCCCAAGAGCCUCUCGGUCCCACACCUCCAACUUCAUUCGAGCAAGAUGACUUCCAAUGGGGCGUCUCCGAGCCUGCAGACUUCAUCACCCUCCUCCCCAUGUGGGACCCCCGCAACACAACCUGGUCCUACAAAGAUAAAAUCUGGAACUACAUCCCCGGCAUCCGGCCGAUCUUCACGCCGGAAGAUCCUCCCGCAGACGCAUUCACACAUCCGCAGUUCAUCCACCUCGACCGCCGCGUCUUCAUCAACACCGUUGCACGCUUCUCCAAAAAGCUGCUGCAUGCAAUGCACGUCGAGAACCUGGCGGGUAGAAGCAUGCAAGCUGAGAUGUGGCCGAGUACAGUCGCGUUGCAACAUGGCCUGAAAGCCGUGUACGCCCCACACCCGGUCUUCACGGACAGGCACUGGCCUGCACCGUACGCGGCUGCUAUUUUCGACGCCUCAUCUAUUAUUGACCCGUUCAAUGGAGGCUCGAUGCAGCGUGUCCAGGGCGCGUGGACGGAGCAGGAAGAUAGUCCGUAUAAUCAUGACCGUGAGGCGAACUUUGGGGGGUGGAGUUGGUAUUUUGCAUCAACAUUUCCACGGACGCUGUAUAGACGGUGGUUGGGGUGGAAAGUGACGAAACAGGAUUGGGGUGAGCAGGAGACGAUUCAAGGGGAGGGGAAGUGA